UAUUUGUCAUAUUGGUUUAUGGGAGAUGUGCAUAUCAUUGUAGUUAAGAUGUUAUUAAAGUGAAGCUGCCUGAUGGAUGUCCUGCUGUACACGCCGUACUAAACAACAAUAACAAGUACUGUUUCACGGAAGUACUAAUACUUCUCAGCCACAGAGCAUCAAUGUUGUUAGAAUAUCAGAAGCACUGCCAGAAUCUGUCCUCACGGCUGUGUUUUCCCCUCUGCUGUUUACAGCUGAGUAAUCCUUCAAGAUGGGUGAAUGGGAUCAGUUCCUGCUCUGGGACAGUGGAAGACUUUUAUGAAAGAGAGUGGUAAAGGUCUAUGUUUUUGGUGGUUUUGGGGCAUGAGGCUAGCUAAGAUUGUGUGUAGAGAGGUGGGCUGUGGGAAUGAAGUAGCUACAUCUAUAGGACAUCUGUUUUAGAAGGAUAAAGUAGUUGUCGGACGGAGUUGUAGGGGAGAUGAGUCUUCUCUGGAACAGUGUCGCAUUUUUGAAGGAGGACCUGGUGCCUGUGAGAUUUUAUGAACGUCAUGUGAUCUGUUCAGGUAAGAAACUGCUAGUAUUGUGAGAUGUAUUUUUACAAUAUAUUUAAUUUUAUCGUAUUUUUGUUAUUUAUUUCAUUAAAAGAGAGGGAGAUAUGUGAGCUGCAUUAUUCCCAACCUUAUCCUGAGUGACAAAAAAACAACAACAUUUAACCUCAAACAGCAUUAACCAUAGCAAACUACAAUAUUUUAUCCAACAUAUUUGUGUUAAGUCCUUGACAGUUUCAUCAACAAAACUAAUUGAAUGUUCAACCAACUCUUUUUCUCCAGAAUCUGUGCGGCUUGUGGAUGGAGCUGGGUUCUGCUCCGGAAGAGUGGAGGUGAAGUCAAGUCAGUCCGGGGCCUCAGUGUGCGAAGCUGACUUUGACCGGCAGGAUGCAGAGGCAAUCUGCGGGGAGCUUGGCAGUGGGGCUCCUGCAGCUCUACAGGAGGGGCUCUAUGGAGAAGGGCAGGGUCAGACCUGGGAUAAAGAGUUCCAGUGUAAAAGCAAUGAGUCCCUUCUCCUGGACCGUGACACCUCAGACAGAAAAAAAUAACAACUGCCUAUCUGGUAAUGCUGUUGGACUCACCAGCUCAGAGGUUGAUUAUGUGAGGCUGGUGGAAGGAGGCAGUCGCUGUGCUGGUGUUGUGGAGGACUGUGGGAACUGAUGACUGGGAGGAUGUGGCUACAGUCGUGUGUAGACAGCUGGGUUGUGGCUCCACUGUUUCAGUACUACCUGGUGGUAACACCAUUAAAGGGAUUGGAAUUGGCUGUGCCUGCACUGAGGGAGUGUAAAAGACCAUAAUGUCUUGACUAUUCAUUCAUAGUGAUCUGCUCAGUUAAUAACAAGUUAAAUUACAUUAUACAACGGGUAAGUCCAAUCCUGAAUGCUGAUUGGUUAAAACUGCAUUCCAGCCGGUGUCUAUUCCGCAAGUUUCCACGGCUAAAUCUAUGAUAUUAAAAUGCCUAUUUAUUCUGUUCCAUUGCGCAAUCCACUGUCUCAGCAGCCCAGCCAAGCAACGUAUAAACUUCAUCUCCACUAUAAAAAGCAUCUAGACAUUAUCUCACAUUUCUUUCAGACUAACAUUUAGUUUUCAAAGAGAUUUGUAUAAAACUUGCUGUCUGUCUCUCCGACAUUUGCAACAUUGUUUCAAUAUUCAAAUUUGAUCUCCUGCUGUCCCAUGGUAAAGAACGUGUCGCCUGUCGGGACGAGACAGAAAGGCUGGCAGCGUUUCUCAGCCUGUCGAAAUCAUGAAUCAGUUGGCAUCAUUUUUAUGGAUAUAUACAAAAAAAAAACUGAAAAACGUUAAAACGAAACGCAGCUAAUUUUCAGUCUUUCCAGCAUCAGUUAGAAGUGAUUGUGUUAUCUUUGUUGUUGGCCAGCUCCUCUGAACAACAGUGUCCUGACGAGUGAGCACAUUUUCUAUGCCAGACGAAAUCGCGCGUCAUUACCUUAUUGUUAUGGAUGUAUGCAAAUCAAUGUCACUAAAAAACAGCUUAAACAAAUACAAAUGAAGCUACUUUGCUGUUCUGGCUGCACUUUUUGAUGUGACUGAGUUAGACAUCUAGCAAGCAAAGGAUAAGAACGUUGCUCGUCAGAACGGCAAUGUAAGAUUUAGAACGAACGACUGGGUCGCGACCAUACAUACAGAACCAAAAGACUCAACGCGUCUCUAGCAACCCUAGAUUUGUGUCGGGACUAAAGCUUGUGGAAGGAUGAAGUAGCAUGAAUAAAUUCAUCAAAAUAAGUUUUUAAUUAAAAUAUGUAAAUCAUUUUAUGAAUAUGUUGGUAAGAAGAUCCGAGGCUGUAAACCAAAGUUGCUUCAACAAACUACUGAGUAAAGGGUUUGAAUACUUAUGUAAAUGUGAUAUUUCAGUAUUUUUUAUAUUUACUACAUUUGCAAAAAUGUCUAAAAAAGUUUUUUUAUGGGGUAUUGUGUGUAGAUUGAUGAGGGGGGAAAACGAUUUAAUCCAUUUUAGAGUCAAGGGGUCUGAAUACUUUCUGAAUGCACUCUGUUGUCUUAGUGACUGUAGGCCCACUACUUAUGUUGGCCUGUGAGGAGGGGCGGCUAGCACUGUUACAUGCUGCUGUUAUUGUCAUAUCACAACGAAACCAGUUGAAUAGGUUCUUCCUGUUCUCUUUUAUUGUUACAGAUCUCCUGGUCCAGCCUGAUAUCUCUCUGACUGACUCAAUGGGAGGGGUCUUCAGGGGCCACCAGGGGCCCGCCAUGUUCAGGGGCUACAACUUCACCAUCACCUGCUCCACUCAGCCAUAGUACCCAGAAGGCUCCUUCCUCCUCACGUUCACCAGCUCAAACAGAACCCAGACAGCUGUCAAUGACUGCUGCCUUCCUCUUCCCUGCUGCAGACGACUCCCACCAAGGGGACGACAGCUGUGUUUUUGAGAAUUAUGUUUUCUCCCAUAACUUCUCCCUCACUGUCACAGCCAAACUUCAUCAUCAGACACCUUGUAGUGCUGCUGAUCCUACUGACAGCCAACACCACCUCCUACCUGUACUUCAAGAAUUUGGCAGUACGUCCAAACGGCCUCACAACCGCAGACCAAAUGUAACCACGCCAGCCCAGGACCUCAACAUCCGGCUUCUUCACCCGUGGCAUCGUCUGAGAUGGCGGGUGACGGGCAUGGAUCUUUAUGUCAAUGCCAUGGAGAUCGCCUCUCUGCGCUCCAGAGCUGAAGCCGGAGGAUAGUAGCCCAGGGGACGGAGUAGGACAACAAUGAUCCCACACGCUGAUCUGAUCUAGUGACCCCCAUGACACGCGCACACACACGUUCUCAUCAACCAAUCACAUCCCUGUAUUGGUACGAGGAAGAGCCAAGGAUGAAGAAACCUAUAUAUUGGUGGCGCCACGCCACUAUUACGUGACACUUCGACAGGGCUGUGUUUUGUGUGUGGACCAACGGCCAUCUUCCUUCUCCGACAUCCAGACGUUGUUUUGUUUUCCAAUAGGAUAGUUGUUGAACAUCUGGUCAACAUCCAGAUUAUCGCUGCUGAAUACAGCAUUGAAGGAUACAUUCGGUAUACAGUUUAACCAAUAGGAAAGGUACAGACAGGGGAGAUGCUGUGUUCCCAGCUGCAGGUGUUACUGGUGGCUCUAUCUGCCUCAGUGUUCCUGGCGAGGGUCAGCGCCGCUCCACACAGAGACAUGCUCGCUGAACUACUGAGAGCAGAUACAACCAAGGGCAACGAGGAUCUCUCCCGCACCCUCCUACUGAAGAUAAUGUCGGACCUGAUGAGCACAGCCGUGGGGGAGAACGAGGUCCUACCGGACCUGGAGGAGGCACUCGGGGUGAGAGAGGAGGUGGUGCGCCAGCUACCCCUCUCCCAUCGGGAACGCAAGGCUGGAUGCCGGAACUUCUUUUGGAAGACAUUCACAUCGUGUUAACUUGCCAAGCAGCCUCUUCUUUGUGCUGGAUCAUUUGAAGACUUAUUUCUUGCAAUGUCACAAAUGUAAAAUGACAGCUACUUUUCCUUUUGCACUGUUCAUGUUCAAUUAAAAGGUCUAGAAUGAU